AUGCGGCGCCCGCAACAGCUGCAAGACGUCGAUUCUCAGUCGCACUACUACCACCACCAACUACCUGACCCGGCGGUCCAAUGGCCUACGUCGAGCACCGCCUCCUCAAAUUCGAUUCCUUCGCAAGCCACAACCAUCAGCCAUGGCCUACCGGGCACAGAGGCUCCUCCUGACAGGAUACACGCUUCAUCGUCGACAUUGGAUGCGUUCGCUAGCCAAUCUUUCUCGUUCAGCUGUCUGCCUGGUCUGCCCGAGACUUCUCAAGAGGGUCAGAACUCCUAUGCGCACUACCUAGACGAUGCCAACCACGGGUACACCAACCACGUUGAUCCUGCGUUGAUUCCGCCUCAAAUGCACUUGGUGCAGCCACAUUCAGGUCCCGAUGUGAUCCAAGCCUUCGAUCCUUCCAUCGACGAGUCUUCUCUCCCCAUGUCUUUGCAAGACUUGACCGAGGGAAGCUACUCUCCGACGGACUCACCAGACUCUGAAGGAAUGACCAGUCACUCGAGCGAAAAGAAGAAGUCGGCUCGUCGUCAGGGCGUCACCUGCGACCAAUGUAGAACCAAGCACCUUCGCUGCGAUCUCGAUGUCCGCCGUGCUCGCGCUGCGCGAAGCGCAUCGCCACAGACCGCCGAGAAUGCGCUGCUCGAGAUGCAGAGGAGCACGAGUACUGGAACUGCAGUCCAUCUCAUCCGCUGCACUCGGUGCGAGGACAAGGGUUAUGUCUGCACAAAGACACACGCACCGCCGUCCCGCAGGUAUCCGCGUCCAAGCCGAUCCGGCAAGCGCAUUGAGCAAGCACGCAUGCUUCAUGGUGCCUCUCUUACGGAUGCGUCUGCCAGCAAGCCGUCGGUGGAACGCAUCAAUGCGGCCUCUAUCCUCAUCCGUGCCCUCACCGAGCUGCGAGGUGCGGAGGUCCGCAUCACUGAUCGCGUCAUGGCUGGCUCGCUCUCUAUCCAGCUUCUCAAUUGCUUCUUUGCCGUCUGCCACAUGCAAGCUCCUGUAGUCGAUUUUGCUCACUUCAGCAAGACCUUCAACGCUUCUAACGGAGACCCGCGCAAGAUGUCCAUCAUGUCCAAUGGAGGUUCCGUCGACGAAGGUCUGCCAUCUAUGAUCCCUGAUGUCCAGGGCCUUGGUUCGAUCACGUGGACCGGCACAAGGGAUAGCAAGAUCGGAACACCAGCCACCACAGAAACUCUGCUCGCCGUGCUCCAUGCCUGGGCUGCUCAUUACACCGACGCUCCCAUCGCCUUUGGUCCCGACUUCAAAGACCUUGAUCUCGUCAACGACCGUCUGCAAGAGGUGGAUGACGACGGAUUCGCCCAGGCCCCACUCGACGGUCGAGACGCCGACGGCAGCAAAGCCGGCGCCAAGCGGCCGAAGCGUAAGCAAGGCGUAGCGUGCGACACGUGCCGUCUACGCAGGGUCAGGUGCGAUGUCACGGAGCGGCCCGACGGUAUGGGCUGCAGCCGUUGUGAGGACAAACGUAUUCAGUGCACCGACACGUACAUCCAAGCCAAGCGCGCAAAGCUGCAGUCGAAAGGGGCCAAAGCAGGCCGCAUGGACGAAUUUGGUGAAGGCUCCGUCCCCUCUAUCGAUUCGGCCAAUUCCGAUCCCGAUCGCCUCAGUCCGCGCGCGUGGAUCAGUACGCGCAGCGAUCUUCUCAUCCGAUCUUAUCGUCCCGGCGACGUCGAACACAACCUGCGCCGUGGCAAAGCGCGCAAAGCAUUCUGCCAUGCUCUGCUGAACCACGCGCUCUCGCUGGUGCACAAGCACGACAUCCUUAAAAAGCCGAGCGUCGAGAGCAUCCAGAUUCUCAGUCUUCUCGCGCCGUUGAUGGACAAUGUCGACGGCGUUCAGGCGCACGCUUUUGCGGAUGCAGCUUGCGAUCACACCGAGAAGCUCGGCAUGUCGACCAAGCUCGUGGUCGACGAGACCAACAGGCACGCGGUCGAGCACAUGCUCAGCAUCAUGCAGGCGCACCGCGUCUUCCUGACAGCUUGGUGUCGCGACUCGAUCGCUUCGGGGCUCAAUCGUCGCAAGCCUUUCUUCAAAGAGGAUCGCGCUAUUGAGGUGAUCGGUCAAGCCUCGUUCCGCAGAGAGACAACGCCAGUCACCAAACCUCGUCAGGGUGAGGUGGUACUGUCAGGCGAGAUGGGCCUCACGUUUGUCAUCAUGACUAUGGUGCAGAUCGGGGCGCUUUCGCGAUUCUUGGCGACGCACAUCGACGCAGCUGAGGGUCUCAAGCCGUCGAUUCCUCCCUGGCAGCGACCUGCUGGCGAGUCCAUGGCGCCAAUACCCAGAUCUGCAAGAUUCGCAGCAAGGCCCUCCCUUGCCGAGCUGCGAAAGCUGGAACGCGCCUGCGGUGCUGUGUGGAACAGCCUCGACUCGCUCAUGCUGUUCUUUGACCGGUGUGCCUCCAAGGCGUGGUCGACGAUGAACAGCCUCCAGCCUUUCCGUCCGCUGGGCUGGAUCGCGAGCACCAAGCUCUGUGGGUCCUUGCUCUACCUCGCCUUGUUCCGUGCACUCGGCGAACGUCAUCGCGCCAACGCGGCCUUCAUGGCGACACUGAGUCACUCGCUCGGUGGACAAAGCGCCGUUUCGGAAGAAGACAAGAUGGUGGCAGCUUCUCUCAAGGCGCUUUUUGACAAGAGCAUGCAGCGGUCCAUCGUUUCCUGUCGCAAGACGGCACGUCUGAUCGGCAUCCUUCUGCCUCUGGGUAUUCUGCAGACGGGCGGACCGGUAUUGAAGCAGAUCUUCCCGGUGGCUCAGUUCCUCGCCAAAAUCCCCAGCGUAUCCGACGAGCAAUGGGCCAGUCGCAUGGGCAGUCAUCGAGGCUCCUCUGUCGAAACGACGCUCGUCGCUUCCCCUUCCGACCCCAGCAACUUUAUCGACCCGCAAACGCUCCAACAGCAACACUUUGUCGAACAAGUCGUAGCCCAAGAAGCCCAGCGAAACAGCGCCCAAGCAGCUGAAUCAGCCGAGGCGCUGAACAACCCGUCCACCGCAGCUCAUCUCGAAGUGCUGAGACAGCUGGAGGGCAUGCAUCAGCUGAACCUCGGACCCUACACGCACAGCUCCAAACAGACCGAGGUGGAGAACCUCAUAGAAGGCUUGAGCCAACUCGGUUACGCCUGGGACACAAUGGACAGGGAGAUCGGCGUAAUACAGGAUCUGCUGCAGUCUUUCGGUCCUGCCCAAACUGACAGUUAG